GUACAUUGAGCUCCAUAGAGACAGCGCCAGGGCAAGCGAGAGCCGGACGGGCACUGGGCGACUCUGUACCUUGAGGACGAAAAUCAACUAAACAUGGGCAAAGGAGAUCCUAAGAAGCCGAGAGGCAAAAUGUCCUCGUAUGCAUUCUUUGUGCAAACUUGCCGGGAGGAACACAAGAAGAAGCACUCAGAUGCUUCUGUCAACUUCUCAGAGUUCUCCAAGAAGUGCUCAGAAAGGUGGAAGACCAUGUCUGCUAAAGAAAAGGGGAAUUUUGAAGACAUGGCCAAGGCUGACAAGGCUCGUUAUGAAAGAGAAAUGAAAACCUACAUCCCCCCCAAAGGGGAGACCAAAAAGGAGUUCAAGGACCCCAAUGCACCCAAGAGGCCCCCUUCGGCCUUCUUCUUGUUCUGUUCUGAGUAUCGCCCCAAAAUCAAAGGAGAACACCCUGGCUUAUCCAUUGGUGAUGUUGCAAAGAAACUGGGAGAGAUGUGGAACAACACUGCUGCAGAUGACAAGCAGCCCUACGAAAAGAAGGCUGCCAAGCUGAAGGAGGAGUACGAAAAGGAUAUUGCUGCCUACAGAGCUAAAGGAAAACCCGAUGCAGCGAAAAAGGGGGUGGUCAAGGCGGAAAAGAGCAAGAAAAAGAAGGAAGAGGAAGAUGAUGAGGAGGAUGAAGAGGAUGAAGAGGAGGAGGAAGAAGAGGAAGAUGAAGAUGAGGAAGAAGAUGAUGAUGAUGAAUAAGUUGGUUCUAGCGCAGUUUUUUUUUCUUGUCUAUAAAGCAUUUAACCCCCCUGUACACAACUCACUCCUUUUAAAGAAAAAAAUUGAAAUGUAA